AAUUUCCCAGGCUGCCGCGGGCGGUUUCCCAGGCGGCGGGUUGACGGUUUGCUUUGGGCUACGGGCGGGAUGGGCGAGGUGUUCGGCUCCUCGCUGCUCGACCUAUGCCUAUGCUCUCUGGUAAAAUCACUUUCUAGGUAUGCUACUGAUGUGCAAACUCUGCCACCAAAUCUGAAAGACAAAUUAAUUAAAAUAAUGAGCUUGCAGGGAAUUAUUACAGAUGAGAACAUGAGUCAGGUCUUACACCCAGGCCUCCAGAAGCUGGACCUCCGUGACUGUGACAUUACAGACAAUGGGUUGAUCAUGCUUCAGAUCUGCACUCAGCUAAGGGAAAUCAAUUUGAGCUCCAGUGACUGCAAGCUCUCUGUAACUUCUGAAGGUCUAAAAGUCAUUGCUUCAUCCUGUCCCCACUUGGUAGAAGUGUGUCUCAAAAGAUGCAGGAAUAUUUCGGAUGAAGGGAUUGUUGCCCUCGCACAGCAAUGCAGACUGCUACAAAUUAUCAACAUUAGUGGCUGCUUGGGCGUCACUGAUGCCAGCUUGCAAGCACUGGGGAAGAACUGCAAAUUUCUGCAUAGUGUUGAUUUUUCAGCCACAAAGGUUUCCGAUGCUGGUGUUAUUGGGCUGGUGAAUGGAGUGUGUUCCCAUAAUUUAAAAGAGAUUCACAUGGACCGUUGUGUGAACCUGACAGACGACGCUGUGGAAAGUGUGCUCAUUUUCUGUCCCCAUAUUUUCAUUCUUCUUUUUCAUGGUUGUCCACUUAUCACGGAUCGUUCAAGAGAAGCUCUGCAACAAUUAGUCUGCCCCAACCAAAUGAAGCAAGUGACAUGGACUGUAUACUAAAUGUUCUUUUUCCCCCAUUGCUUAAUAUCCGGUAAUGAACCUAUUCUGUAAUUCCCAUAAACUAGCAACAGCAACUCUGAGCAUAUUUUGGUGAAUUUGUGCCCAAUUAAAUUAAAUGUUUCUUUUUAACGUGUUUGCUGACUACAGUAUAGAAUGUUUGUCUGUGAAAUGUAAUACUUGGUUGUAUGCAAUAUAUUGGUGCUAUCGUCAUUGCCUUGGUAUGAUGUACAAAUAAAUAUUUGUACAUGAAA